AUGCUGCGCUUCGCCGGGGUACUGUGCAGGGCCGCUUCGGCCACGCCACUACCGCCCCCUCCGCCGCCGCGCUUGCUGGUCCUGACAAUGAUUCCAAACGGCGGCGCGCUUGCUCCGGCUCUCCGCAUACUGGGAUACCACCCCUACACCUUUGAGGACAGCGUACGCAAGGGUCGCCUGUUGACUCACCCACAGGAGUGGAUGGCGGUCCUGCGGGGGGAGAAGAAGUUUGACGUUGAAGUGCUCAGAGCUCCUCAGCAUGCGACAUCUACGAAAGGGGCGCCGUCGCCGUCGUCGGGCGACACCGGUGCGCCAAGCAUCCUAAGCUCGCCGCGGAUUAGCAAGACGCCGUCUGCGUCCCCACAGGCCCCCCUCUUCUUUGACUCGAUAGUCGGCCCGCCCGCCACCAUCGCCUUCGAGUCCAUCCUCAAGGAGUGCCCGCGCAGCACGCGUGUCAUUCUUGUCGAGGAGCCGGACAAGCUGGCAUGGGAGAGGGACAUGGAGCAGUGGCUGCAGCCGUUGGUGCUGGAGUGCAAGAGGAGCACGACGUGGUGGAACGCAUCGAAGCUUCACAUGAUGCUGCUCGAUAUGGUCGACCUGCGCCGUGCCCUCAUUAGCCCCAGCAGCCAGCGAAGUGGCCGUGUACGCCUCCCGCCGUCCUCGUCUGCCGCCAUGACGGCGCAGAACGUCCCCAUAUCGAAGCAGCACACGACGCUUCGUCUCGCGAGCGCCCUCGACUUAUUUGAACAACACGUGAAGGAGGUCGUCCCGCGCGACCGGCUGCUCGUCUACCGUGUUGGCGAUGGGUGGCAGCCACUCUGCGACUUCUUACAGGUGCCAGUGCCAAUGGCACCCGCAGCAGCAAGCUGUGCACCAAUGGAACCGGUGGCGUUUCCGCCUAACUCCACCGGUAGAGAAAUUCUUGUAUUUGUUUAUCAGGGCCUGAAGAAGAGCGCGGCUGUGGUAUCCUUUCUCUUCCUGUGUGUUUUGGCGCUCGCAUUGUUGCUACUCAGCUCCUUCACAGGGGAGUACACUCAGUUUUACCGUGACUACCGCGACUACGUCCGCCGCGACUUGGAGCCGUACAUGGAUGCCGAGAAGAUUCGCGAAGGCGACGAGUCUGCAUUGACGAUACGCCAGGCGCUGGUGAUGACGAAGAAGUCAUCGAAGCGAUUUGGCGAAGAGUACGAGAUGGAGAAUGGCGCAAUGAGCUCCAUGGCUGGUGUGAUGGAGCGCAUUGUCGGAUCAAAGUAA